CGUCGAGAAUUGUCUUUUAAUCUUUCUUAAUCUUCGUAUAAAUACGAGAUGAAUUCGAUCGACAUACCCAAUCAAAUCAGAUCUCAUUCGCAGUGUAAACAAUUCUAUAACCUCAUUCGCAAAUUCUCAAAAACAGUUUCCAAAUUAAACCUCAAAACUUACGAAAUCUCAGAAAACAGUUUUUCAAAUUAAACCUCAGAACCCCAAAAAUCUCAACAAUGUCGAUGAUUCCAAGUUUCUUAGGCAACCAAAGGACAAAUGUUUUCGACCCAUUCUCACUAGAUAUUUGGGACCCAUUUUUAGGAAAUUCUGGAUUUUCCUUUCCGGCUGGUUCUGAAAUUUCAAAAGAAACUUCACAAUUGGCAAACACUAGAAUCGACUGGAAAGAAACCCCAGAAGCUCAUAUAUUUAGAGCAGAUCUUCCUGGAAUUAAGAAGGAAGAAGUGAUAGUCGAAGUUGAAGAAGGAAGAGUUCUUCAGAUAAGUGGUGAAAGAAAUAGAGAAAAAGAAGAGAAGAAUGAUAAAUGGCAUAGAGUUGAACGCAGCAGCGGUAAGUUUUUAAGGAGAUUCAGAUUGCCUGAGAAUGCAAAAGUUGAUGAAGUUAAGGCGUCCAUGGAGAAUGGAGUGCUUACUGUGAGUGUUCCCAAAGUCGAAGAGAAGAAGCCUGAAGUCAAGUCCAUUCAGAUUUCUGGUUAAUUGAAUUACAUUUUCCAGUAGAAUGUGUCUCUGCUGUGCUCAAUUCUUGUGUUGGGUUUUAGUGUGGAAUGUGAACAAUGAAAAGUAGGUUGAUGUAGUCCUGUUUGUGGUGAUCUCUGAUUAGUGUUUGUGUGUCCAUCUGUGAGGUCUGCAAUGGUCUGAACUUUUCUUUUUAAUAAAAACUAUAAGCUUGUUUUCUGUUUCUGUUAA